UCAUUGCCUGGACGAAUAAAAAACCAAUUGACAGUUGUCACUCGUGUUAUCAGAAUUUGUGAUUUAAAAGUCCUGAUCUUUCCUUACUUAAAAAUAACAAUUUCCUAGGCAUAGAGUUCACGCGAGCAAAGUAAAAACCAUUAUCAUCAAGCCAUUUACUAAACCUCAAACAUCAAAAGGAACUGACGUACUGUGUUCCAUAUAACCUAUUACUACCUAUUUUGAGUUUCUAGUAACUACUCUAUGUUAACUAACAAGGUAAAAUAGAACGACGAAGAAGAACGCCAUGGCCCUAUAUAGAAACAUUCGUUUUAUGUUAAACAGAAUAACCAUACUCUCAGAUUUGAGAAGUUCGGUACGUUUCUGCAGCGAUCAGGCUGAAAGCAUAUCUGAAGAAGCUGAACAAAAAGAAGUCGAUCCUACUAAGGAUAGAACCAAAAUAAUACCGGUAGAAACAAGCAUCAGGUAUCUGCAAAGCAAAGCUUACCAGCAAACCUAUGGAGAAAAACCUGUGUGGACAUUAUACCGCCGUAAUCAUAAGGGCGGCUUUGCUCCAAGGAAGACGAGGCGAUCAUGUGUUAGAAACGGAAUAAUUUCUACUGGAAAUCCAUGCCCUAUUUGCAGAGAUGAAUAUUUAGUUAUUGAUCAUAAUAACACCAAGUUACUAGAACAGUUUAUAUCUGAAUAUACUGGAAAUAUACUGGAUGCCUUCAAAACUGGACUCUGUCAGAAGAAACACAAGGAACUCCUGGUUGCCAUAGAACGAGCAUGGGAUCAAGGUUUACUUACUUAUGAUGUACCGUUCAGAGAAUAUGAUUACUCACUGUAUUAUAAGAAUCAAUCAUUGUAAUAAUGCAUUAUUUAGGUAUGUAGUGUUUAUAAUAAUAAAUUUGUUUAAAUAAAAAAA